CCAGCCCGCCCGGGGCGGCGACGCAGAGCCGGGCCCGGCGCACGAGGCAGCCAGCGCGGCCAUGACGGCGGAGAAGGCGCUGCCUCUGGGCAAUGGGAAGGCUGCCGAGGAGGCGCGGGAGUCUGAGGCGCCGGGAGGCGGUGGCGGCGGGGGCGCGGCGCCCGCGCGCGAUCCGCGCGACAAGCGCGACAAGGCGGUCCACGAACGCGGCCACUGGAACAACAAGGUGGAGUUCGUGCUGAGCGUGGCUGGGGAGAUCAUCGGGCUGGGCAACGUGUGGCGCUUCCCUUACCUGUGCUACAAGAACGGAGGAGGGGCGUUCCUGAUUCCCUACGUGGUGUUUUUUAUUUGCUGUGGAAUUCCUGUUUUUUUCUUGGAAACAGCUCUGGGACAAUUCACUAGUGAAGGUGGCAUUACAUGUUGGAGGAAAGUUUGCCCUUUAUUUGAAGGCAUUGGCUAUGCAACACAAGUGAUCGAGGCCCAUCUAAACGUGUACUACAUCAUCAUCCUGGCAUGGGCCAUUUUCUACCUGAGCAACUGCUUCACUACUGAGCUCCCCUGGGCCACUUGUGGGCAUGAGUGGAACACAGAGAAUUGUGUGGAGUUCCAGAAACUGAACAUGAGCAACCACAGUCAUGUGUCCCUGCAGAAUGCCACCUCUCCCGUCAUGGAGUUUUGGGAGCGCCGGGUCUUGGCCAUCUCAGAUGGGAUCGAGCACAUUGGGAACCUCCGCUGGGAGCUGGCCUUGUGUCUCCUGGCAGCCUGGACCAUCUGCUACUUCUGCAUCUGGAAGGGGACCAAGUCCACAGGAAAGGUUGUGUACGUCACUGCAACAUUUCCGUAUAUCAUGCUUCUGAUCCUCCUGAUCCGAGGGGUCACGUUGCCUGGGGCCUCCGAAGGCAUCAAGUUCUACUUGUACCCCGACCUCUCCCGGCUCUCUGACCCACAGGUCUGGGUAGAUGCUGGGACGCAGAUCUUUUUCUCCUAUGCCAUCUGCCUGGGUUGUCUGACUGCUCUGGGAAGUUAUAACAAUUAUAACAACAACUGCUACAGGGACUGCAUCAUGCUUUGUUGCCUCAACAGUGGCACCAGCUUUGUGGCUGGCUUUGCCAUCUUCUCAGUCCUGGGCUUCAUGGCAUACGAGCAGGGGGUGCCCAUUGCCGAGGUGGCAGAGUCAGGCCCUGGCCUGGCCUUUAUCGCUUACCCCAAGGCGGUCACCAUGAUGCCUCUCUCCCCACUGUGGGCCACCUUGUUCUUCAUGAUGCUCAUCUUCCUGGGCCUGGACAGCCAGUUUGUGUGUGUGGAAAGCCUCGUGACCGCUGUGGUGGACAUGUACCCCAAGGUCUUCCGGAGGGGCUACCGGCGGGAGCUGCUCAUCUUGGCUCUAUCCAUCAUCUCCUAUUUUCUGGGCCUCGUGAUGCUCACAGAGGGCGGCAUGUACAUCUUCCAGCUCUUCGACUCCUAUGCAGCCAGCGGAAUGUGCCUUCUCUUUGUGGCCAUCUUUGAGUGCGUCUGCAUCGGCUGGGUGUAUGGAAGCAAUCGGUUCUACGAUAACAUCGAAGACAUGAUUGGCUACCGGCCAUUGUCGCUCAUUAAAUGGUGCUGGAAGGUUGUGACCCCCGGGAUCUGUGCGGGCAUCUUUAUCUUCUUCCUUGUCAAGUACAAGCCUCUCAAGUACAACAACAUCUAUACCUACCCCACCUGGGGCUACAGCAUCGGCUGGCUCAUGGCCCUGUCCUCCAUGCUCUGCAUCCCACUCUGGAUCUUCAUCAAGCUGUGGAAGACAGAGGGGACACUGCCUGAGAAAUUCCGGAAGUUGACCAUCCCCAGCGCUGAUCUGAAAAUGCGGGGCAAGCUUGGGGCAGGCCCACGGACGGUGACGGUUAAUGACUGUGACGCCAAACUCAAGGGCGAUGGGACCAUUGCAGCCAUCACAGAGAAGGAGACACACUUCUGAGCCACACCUGCCACCUCGGAUGCCUCUCCUUCCUUCCCUCCCCCGACCCCGUGUGUAUAAAUGAAUACCUGAGACACAUACUUCCCCUAAUGAUAGAGGCUUGCUCGUUUUGCACAGGAUUCAUUAACAACGUUAAUUUUAAGGUGGCCGUGUACACUCUGGUUUAAAGUCCCAUUCCCCUCCUUGCCCCCAGUUAUCAUGUAAGUAACAUUAUGAAGAGAUAAUACUGUACAGGGACUAGCAGAAUCUUCCGUGCUAGGACGGUUUUAACCAGUGUUUUCUAGGGGUUAGGGAGAAGUUGUAUCAUAUGGUCAAACUUUUAUACUUGGGCUGUGGGGCCGGUGGGGUGGGAGUGAUGCCUGAUCUCUGUCAGCCUUUUAGCUGACCGCUCCAUGUCCCAUGUUCCUCCCUGACCAUUGCAGCUGCCCCUCCUCCACGCCCCCGGGGAAGGCUUUGCCUUCAAAUCCUGCCUUUGCCAUCCCCAACCUCUUAGCAGUGGGUUUACAGACAGCAAGGCUGUGUCAGAGAAGAGAAAGUGAUCUUUCUGCCCUGAUCCCACUAAGUG